AUGACAAACACUAACGUUACGGAUAUGUCGGUUGAGGAUCGCUACGCGCUGAUUCGUAGCGUAGGUGAGGAAUGUAUUCAGGAGACGGAGUUAAUGAACCUUAUCGCGAAGAAGCCAAACAUUCGCUGCUACGAUGGAUUUGAACCAUCUGGUCGUAUGCACAUUGCACAAGGUGUUUUUAAGGCUGUAAACGUAAAUAAAUGUACUCAGGUUGGUUGUGAUUUUGUUUUUUGGGUGGCAGAUUGGUUUGCUCUAAUGAACGACAAGGUUGGUGGAGAACUUGACAAGAUUCGCAUUGUUGGCGAGUAUCUUAUUGAGGUUUGGAGGGCUGCAGGGAUGAACAUGGAUAAGGUACACUUUCUUUGGAGUAGCGAUGAAAUCACAAAUAACGCUGCAGUGUAUUGGAAGAUGGUACUUGAUAUUGCCCGUCGUAAUACCAUUGCACGUAUUAAAAAAUGUUGUACCAUUAUGGGUAAACAGGAAGGUACUUUAACAGCAGCACAAAUUCUUUAUCCGCUUAUGCAGUGUGCUGAUAUAUUUUUUCUAAAGGCUGAUAUUUGUCAACUUGGUCUUGAUCAACGUAAGGUAAACAUGCUUGCGAGGGAGUACUGUGAUCUUAUUGGACGCAAACUGAAACCUGUCAUCCUUUCUCACCAUAUGCUUGCUGGACUUAAGCAAGGUCAGGCUAAGAUGAGCAAAAGUGAUCCCGACAGUGCUAUUUUCAUGGAAGACACCGCAGAGGAUGUGGCACGUAAAAUACGAAAUGCAUACUGCCCCCGUAAGGUACAAGUUAAAACAGAAGUCACAGAUGAUGGGGCACCUGUGUUGAAUGAUGAUAAAAAUCCCGUAUUGGAUUAUUUUGAGCAUAUUGUCUACUCUCGUCCAGGAAGCAGCAUUACCGUGGAUGGUACUAUUUACGCUACGUAUGAGGAGCUGGAAACAGCCUUUGUUAAUGGUGCCAUUUCAGAGGAAUCAUUAAAGGAAGCCCUCAUUGAGGCUGUGAAUGUUCUCUUGGAACCCGUACGUCAACACUUUGCAAAUGACUCAAAUGCAAAGAAACUGCUGGAGCAGGUACUUUCCUUCCGGAAAGGUGGAGCCGCACCGCCGUUGGCAUCUAUUUCAGUUCCAGAACAGUCGUCGACGCCACUCGCCGUUGCGUGGCUGCCGGCGGUCAUUAAACUCCCUGUUGACUACGCCGUAGCGCUGAGCGUGGCGGUCAAAAAGUUCCUCCGUGAAAACCCACAGGGUGAGGUGGUGUUACUUCUCCCCGAGUGGACCGCCUUUGCGUGUAAUGAGAUCACAGGGGAGGAGAAGGCCAUUAACGCCGCACUCGAACUCAAUCUCGCGUUGCUGCAAUCGCACUGGUUGUCCAACUCGCAGGUGCGGGUGGUGCGUCAAGGAGAACUCAUUCACAGAGACCCAAAUACAUAUUGGGUGAAUGCCAUUCACGCCGGCCGCCGCAAUCGCCUGCAGAGGGUAGAGGAGGCCUGCGGGGAAUUAAAGUCCGCCGGUAAUGUUGUCGCAGCGCUCAUGUACACAGCAGACGCCGCCGCACUUGGCGCUACACACAUUUUCACUACUGCACGUGAUCACGGUCCACACAUUCUCUUGCGUGAAUUCUUCGCCGACCGCAUUGUGAGUGUGGAUGUUGUGGAAAAUGUUAUUCCACCACUCCACCGCCCACAGGAGGACACAGCAGCAGCAUCAACCACAACAACUGCUGACGAUCUGCUCACUGUGGAUGACACCGAUAUGGAUCUGCGACGCAAAAUCAAAAAGGCGUACUGCGCCCCUAACGAAUCACACAAUCCUGUGCUUUCCAUCGCCGCCUGGUUGCUGCAGGAGCGCGGGGAGUUGCUGGUGGAGCGGGCCGCAGACAACGGCGGCAACACAACAUACACCGCCGAGUCGCAGCUACGCGAUGACGCCCUGAGUGGGGCACUACACCCCGCAGACUUGAAGGCCGCCGUAACAAAGUGGUUGUUGGAGGGUUGUGUGGCCACAAAGGCCGUUCUCUCCAGUGCUGAUGGCAAGAAGAACUCACAAACACUGCGUCAGGCGGAGAAGACACUAUCGAAGAAAUCCAAGUGA